UUGAGACAGAACACAGUUUAAACCGAAACGCGUUCUGCUAGCAAUCUGUUUCAGGACAGCCUCUCCUGCCCCAACAAACCGCCCCGGAGGGGAAUGGGGGUCCCGUAGCCCGCUAGUCAAAAAGCUAGAUUUCCUAGAAGCGGAGAACUCGCCUUUCAGCAGGAUGGUUUCGUGGAUCAUUUCGAGGCUGGUUGUCCUUGCAUUUGGGACACUCUACCCAGCAUAUUCGUCCUAUAAAGCUGUGAAAACGAAGAAUGUGAAGGAAUAUGUAAAAUGGAUGAUGUACUGGAUAAUAUUUGCAUUGUUCACCACAGCAGAGACGGUCACAGACCUGGUCCUAUCAUGGUUUCCAUUUUACUUUGAGCUAAAGAUCGCCUUUGUCAUCUGGCUCCUUUCCCCGUACACUAAGGGCUCCAGUGUCCUCUACCGCAAGUUUGUCCACCCAACUCUGUCCAACAAGGAGAAAGAAAUAGAUGAAUAUAUUGCACAGGCAAAAGACAGGAGUUACGAGACCAUGAUGAGAUUUGGGAAGAGGGGUCUAAACCUGGCUGCUAAUGCUGCAGUCACUGCAGCCACCAAGGGGCAGGGUGUGCUGUCAGAUAAGCUGCGGAGUUUCAGCAUGCAGGACCUGACUCUCAUCAACGCUGACGAUGACCUGGUUCUGCACGCUUCAGACGUCCGGAUGAGGCGGGACCCCAUGGAUGACAUGAGCUCAGGCGCGACCACACUGCCUCGGACGAGGAGCACUGCUACAAGGCAGACCCGAUCUAUGGUGUCUCUUCCAGAUGACAUGUCAUCACAACAUAGCUCUGACCAGUCAGACACAAGGACUGAACACUCUGAUGAAGAUGUGGUUGAGAAGGCCCAGAAACGCAGUACUGUGGUCAAGGCAACCAAGAAACCUACUGCUAAGACAGAGACUCAAACCAAGACGGCAAAGAAACCUGCAAAGAAAAAAACGACAACCAGUAACGCAGAGACGCCACCAUGAGGCCAGCACACUGCAUUGACUGGAUUAAAGUCUCCACCUACAGCCUGCUGGACCU